CCUCAUUGGCCAAGGAUCUGUUUACGCAGCGUGCAGCACUGUUUGAAUUCGUGCGUUAUCGAAGACUUCAAAACUACUGUAUCGGUAAAUAAUGCGCUGGUUUUGUGAGUUUUGAUUGUCUGAAAUUUGUAGACCUCGCGAAAUAUAGGACCCGGAAUAGAGAGAAAGUGUCUGACGUCGCAGUCGUUUUGAAUUCAGUUUUAAUUGUACCGUUAUGUGAGCUGGAUAAUACAUUUUUCUAUAUUUAACGUGAGUGUAAGUUAUAGGAGAGUAACUUCAUGUAACGUUAACGGUAAUCAGUAUCUGUUCACAAGCGACUAACAGUCGUUUUCGGUGUGUUGCUGUCUAGCGCUGUUGAUCUGAUAUUGAGUGGCCAUGCGGCAUAAUAGUUCGGCUCACAGGCGAAAGCCGUCGACCCCCAGGCGCAGAUCUCCACCAGAGCCGCGGCCAACCCCGCCGCCCUCCAGAGCCCGGCGCACCAGCGGACCCUCCGCGUCCCCACGCAAGAAACACAGGUUUCGCCCUGGCACUCGAGCUCUGAUGGAGAUACGUAGAUAUCAGAAGUCUACUGGUCUGUUGCUGCGCAAGGCCCCGUUUUCACGGCUGGUUCGAGAGGUGUGUCAGACAUUUAGUCGAGGACAGAUGAUGUGGCAGGGAUAUGCUCUAAUGGCUUUACAGGAGGCUGCAGAAGCAUUCUUGGUCCGUCUGUUUUCUGAUGCCAACCUCUGUGCCAUUCAUGCCAAGAGGGUGACAUUGUUUCCACGAGACAUACAACUUGCCCGGCGAAUCAGAGGUGUUGAAAACAUGUGAAGUUGUAUAAUCUGUCUUUUUCUGUUUGUUUCUUCUUCUUUUUUAAAGAUCUAUACAGUAGUGAUGGCCGCUUUUGAAACACUGCUUCAUGAAGCUUUGAAACCUUUGUGAAACCAUUUGUUUUGAAUCCGUGUAUCAAAAUGCAUUUUAAAAAUUCAAUGGUUUGCAUUCGGGGGGGCGACUUCUUUGAAGUUCAUUGAGCUCAACCUGAAGCUGCGAACCAUUGAUCGUCUCUGAUCUCAGAUCAGUUUUAUCAAUUUGUAGACAUUUUAACAAGUUAUUUGUGUAAUUAAAAGGAUGAGUUGUGUCUCUUAAUGGCCUGUUUAAGCUCUCCAUUAAACGAACAAAGCAAAUUAAUAAUAAUUAUUUUAAAAACACACAUUAUACAGACACUUCAUAUUGAAUGGUAUUUCAUUAUUUUGACUGCAUUUAAUAUAAUAAUUUCAAGAAAGCAUUUGUAUUGGAUUUUAUAAAGCAGUUUUUCAGCAUGUGGUGUUUUGACCGCCUCGAAACAGUGAAUCGUUUAGCAAAGCAAUUGGUUCAAUUGAUCUGAAGCUUUGUUUCUCCCAUCACUACUGUACAGACAGAUAUGUAUGGACAUUUUCUAUAUUUGGUGGCAUGUAAUCUGUUUCCAUUCCUUGAAUCAAAUGUUCAAACGGUUGCAUAAAUAGGUCCAAAGUAACCAAAUGUUCAUAUGGCAUUGUAGUGCGUUGAUGACAUUCUCCAAUUUGUAAAAAUCUUUUAGAAUUGCAAUAUAAAUAUUUUAUUUUUGUGUUUUAAGAUUGCAAAGAUGAUGUUUGUUUUGAUGAUGUUUGUUGAUAAUAAACUGAUAUUUGCAGAAUUGCA